AUGCCCGAUCUCUUUCCAGUCUCGAAGCGUCGCAGCGCUAUCUCGAAGGUCUUGACAAAGUCGCGCCGCAUAUACAACAACAUCGUCAAGCUCCAUCCUACCUUUGAUGUUCCUCCUUCGCACGUCACGCCGCUUCAACGUAUUUGGAAUGACUCAGCUUCUAGUGCUUUCGCUCCAACCCCUACAAGCAAGUUGAGUGCAUGUGGUAACCGUUCGCAAGCACCGUCGCCUAGUAGCGGCCGAAGCAAUGGCUCGUUCCUUUCAUGCAGGAGCACAUCCUCCCCUCACCCAGGCAAUUAUCCAAGCCCAUACCUUAUGGCGAAUGAUACCACAUCAUCAGCGGCGUAUGCUUCACGUGAGCACCCCGCCGUCAUCAAUCGCAAGCACAGAUCGUUAAGCCAUCUCGAACAAAUCAAACUCGCGCGACUCCGAACGAUGAGUGGUAGCGCAUUUUAUGAGGGUGGGCUACCAAACGAGGACAAGGAAAAUGAAAGCAACGAAGACAACGCCUCUCGAUUGCGGAGGAUUAAAGGCGCUAUCACGUCUCAACGCCGUUUGAGGCCCAAAUCCGAGUCGCUGCUUUGCAGCGAUAAUUCAACCACCGGUCGCUGGAGCAUUAUGGUCCCAAGUCUUCAGCAUCAGCCUAGUUCUCAAGAUGAGGGCUCACCCAUUGAAAUCAAUCCACAGGCGAUGACUGCUCCGGACGAUGUACAUCAGCAGAUCCUCAAGUCACUGAGCCCAAUCAUAGAACAAGACUCAUACAGUGUGCAUACACUGGACUCGUCAUUCGCAAGUAUUUCCCAUACGACGUUCGCUUCAAUCUCGAGCCCGCCGCCUGCAGCCCUUCGCGACGGCGAUCCCCCAACCGAUGCUGCCAUCUUCCUCAAUCAAAGCUCAGACAUUCAUAGACAAAAUAAGGCAGGCCAAAUCGCAGAAGAAAAUCCGUUUGACUUAUCAAUCAACUCGAAGACCCCCUUAUCCCUCAACAUCGAUAGUCCACCUCCAGUGGGCGUGGAGGACAUGGACAACCAUAUGACCACUCUUCCUUCCUUCGCGCUUACCAUCCCGACUCCAGAAUCGAGUCAUCUUCCCGUCUUUGAGCCCCAGUCUCCGUUCACCGUCGAAAGAUUUGUCGAAGCAUCUGAAGUCUCUCUAGAUUCUACGCGUUCACAACACAGUCCUCCGCCCAGACGCCAGUCGUUGGUCCCGAUGCUCCCGCGGUGCAACCACCAGGAUGAAGGCGGUCUUUGCGACGACUGCGAUACACAGAUGCUCGCAUGCAAGGUGUGGUUCCAAGACAGCGAUGCUGGAAGGCGGCAGUCGCUCCGCGAACCAUUUAUAAAGCCUGCGGAGAGCAAUGCGGUCAACAGAGCGGUGAUGGAAGCUCUGGGCAUCUCUUCUGCGUCACCGACCAAGGACGCACCUUCGGGCGAACCUACCAACGCGCCAGGCGCUCAAGCUUCGAGAGCACUUUUUACAAUCGAAGAGGUACCUGCCAACCAUAGUCAGCAACAACCUGACCAGCGACAAACUGGCCAGCGACAACCUGAUGAACUUAGCGUACUCAAAGAACAACUGGCAACAUUAUUAUCGGAUGGUCCUAUCGACACCGAACGCCCACGGCAAUCCCGCAGGCUCGUGACUCGUGGCAAGGAAUUUUUGCAGAAUCUAGCUUCUUUACGCAGAAGGUCUCUUCCACCGACGACACCAGACUAUGAGGGCAAAGCAAACGCGCAUACUCAGGCUCCACCGACAUCUUUCUUGAGCUUUGACAACGAUAAUCCAAGUGCCGUUGCGUAUCCUAGGCGGCGGCGUGUUCGGCCACGCUCAUCGAUCGUCUGA